CCUUUAAUAUUUGUUGGCGCAGGGCUCUGUCUGGAGGAACUUUUUAUUGGAUUUUCUUUAUUUUGAUUUUCUUAGAGAACUAUUUAAGAAAAAAUAGAAAAUUUAUAUAAAAUAAAUGUGUAACGGUUAAAAACUUUUUCUAAUUAUAUUUAGAAAUAUCCAAUUAAUAAGUGUGUAAUGAAAUUUGUGCAAUUGACAACAAGAAAUGUGAAAUUAAUUAAAAAGUAAAAAAAUUUGUAAGCCAAAAAGAAGAAAAAUUUGUUGCAGCAGCAGAGCACCCCCAGCACACACAUACAUUUUGAAAAUCUACCUAGUAGAUGGAUGGAUAAUAGAGCAAACAGCUAGGGCAAUCAAAAAACAUUUUAGUGUAACCAUUAAAAAGGGGGUUUGCUUGGUGGAUGGAUGGGUCGUAGUUGUAUAUUGAAAUAAAAAAAAGACCCAACAACAACAGCCGAAAAGGAAGAACAAGAACAUUACGUGAGUGCGCAGCCAAAAAAAAGAAAAUAAAUAGAAAAAUUAAAUAAAAAAGUAAAGUGUUUGAAGAAAAACGGGGGGCAACUACUAAACGACGGAAUCUGCUGCUUUAUACAAUUUGCCACCAGAAAACAGUGUACAAAAUACUAUUCGUAGUACAAACAACUAUUUUGAACACCGCACAGAAUUGCAAUACGAAAAAAAUAAUAAAAAUUUGAAGGGAAAAACAAAUAAGCAGAAAACACACACACACAAACCUUAACUAAACUCGACACGGCCGACAAUUAUUGAAUUUUUGUCUUCUUCAAUUCUUUUUUUUUACUUCCUUAUUCAAAAAAGAAUUUUAAUACUCCCAGGUGUUUUAAUGCGAAAAACAUUUUGGUGGCGGCAUUAAACCUUUUUUGAGUUGUGUGUGCAUUAAAGAAAAUUUUCUAUUCAACGACUAGCCGACAAAAAAAUCAACAAGACCGCACCCUUCACUUUUACUCUCCCCCCACCUAAUUGCUGCAAUUUAUGAAAAUUUUCCCAAGAAAGAAGGAUUUGUGAUUUCCUUUUAGGAGUUUUCCUUCGUAGACGUUAUGACUUCGCCUCUUUAUUAUCUGGACAUUUUUGAAUUGCGACCAUUGAUUACGAAUUUCAAUUGUAAAUUAUCGACCAUCACAGAGUAUGAUUGUCACAAACAGCUGCUGUGCUUAGUGUCUGAGGACAAUGACAUUGUGCUGCGCUACACCAGUGAGGGUGGUCAAGAGGUUUUAAAGUUAAUCUCCUGGUUUCGUCGUACAUCCCGUGUUAUACAUGAUGUUUGUUUUGAUCCAUCGGGAACGUGGUUAUUGGUUUUAUGUUUUGACAACACCCUACACAUAGUGCCCGCCCUAGCGGUGGUGGAUAAAAGCUACGUGGAGAAAAAUGCCAACAACACAGGCUAUCCACAAUCACACUAUAGCCUAACACAAGUUACUUCAUAUAUAAUACCCUUUGUGGGUCCACAUGAAUGUCCCAACUCUAAAAAGUGUCCCAAUCAAUUAACCCGCAAACGACACUCCGCCCUUAAUACGCUGAGAACAGAAGAGCGUGCUAAAGAAAAGCCAACAACUAGUAACGAAGCAGAAGCCGAAAAUAAAGAUAAAGAUGAGGGAAAUAAUAUAAAAAUUCUAGUUGAACAAGUGGAGAAUCUCCAUGUAAACGAAGAGAAAAAUGAAGAAAACAAAGAACAAGACGAUGAAGGCGCGGUAAUGGUAGAAGCCGCUGCCAUAGAUGAGGGUAAUAUGGAAGUUUUUAGUCACGAUGUACCUGCCGAAAUGUUGGCAACUUCAAGUGCUCCCAAUCAGGUGGAUGAUAAGACCGGCAAUAGUCAUUUGCCAUUGAUGAGCAUGUCCUUUAUGGCCUCUAACACUUGUCCAUAUCCUCUAUCGGUGGUGUGGUGGCGUACUUUAGAGGGUGUUAAUCGUGCUGUUAUUGGUUAUUCAGAUGGUUCAAUAUGUUUUGUGGGUCUUAGUCCCAAUUGUCCAUUUGUAGCCAGUACAGCAGUGGAAAGUGGUUCAGUAGUAAAAUUGCUCAUUUGUCGCGAUAAUACAUUUGACAGUGUUAUGUUAUUGAUAACAUCAUCUUUAAAACAACAAUUCAAACUGUUGUUGGAACAAAAAGCCAUUAAGUAUAUUUACCCGGGCGAAAUGUCUCCCACAACUUCACAACCCAAAGAAAACGAUUGGCAAAUUGUUAUGCCCCUUAAGAAUACUAGCAAUUCUUCAGAUCCAGCCUCAGAAAAAUCUCAACCAGAUGAGGAUGUUUUUAUAAGUGAUGAUAAAUUAACAACAACUAGUGCAACAAGUACUGAUGAUAACGUAUCAUUAGUCUCACAGACACUGCCUUCAGCACAAAUACAAGUAGCGCUUUCAACAUCAGUGGCUCAUAGUAGGCCUCAGCAGCCACCACCAGCACCACUUGGUUACUCCUCAUCAUCGGUAGCAGCAACUUCAUCGAGCUCAAACACUAAUGAUUCUGCUGCCGAUAACAGCAAUCCUCAGCAGCAACCACCUCCUCCACCAUAUUCAGUAGCUAUAACACGACAUUUAGACAAUAAAGUUUCGGUUACAACCACAGCUUCGAGUGCUGCUAAACAAACUGCAACCACUACAAGUUCUGCGGCACGUUUAAAUCAGCAACAACCUUCUCAGCAACAACCUUCCCAGCAACAACAGCAACAGGAUAAUAACUUAAUGAACGAUUUGGAUGAUGCAAAUGGUCGGGCUGGUAUUUUACCAGCCGCUCGAGCUCGCUUGGCUUCUCUAAAAUCUUUAGGUUCAAAGAAAUUAAAUGCCAUCAAAAUGCGUUUGUCGGAUAAUCGCCAGAAAAUUGAAGAAUAUAUGCCGGACAAUUCAUUGGGUUCCUCAUUUGCCAUUGUGGAUUCACCUUCUUUGACACCGGAAUUGCUGGCCAAUUCUGUUGGUUCCUUUUAUACCAUACAAAACUUACGCAGUACUUAUUUACUAAGUGCUCUACACAGUCAAUCGAAUAGUUUUACCGUGCACAGCAUAGAUAUACAUUUGAAACCAUUGUUUCUAUAUAAAAUCCCUCCCGAUUGUGUGGAUAUAUUGAUUAGUUCAAAUAUAUUAUAUUCCAUACAAUAUGUUGAUUAUUAUAAUGAUUCACCGGCGGGGAGUAGUAAUGUUUUACCCAAGGAAAGUGAGGUUAUGAUAAAUCAAAAUACAGAAAAAGAAAAUCGUGAUAUGGAUGUGGAAAAACAGGAAAAAUAUGCAGAAGUUCCCAAAGCAACAAAUGAUCUCAAUAAAAGUGGGAAUACUGAUGAUAACAAUGAAAAUGACAGUGACAUUAAAAUUUUAGCCGAAAGGCCUCAAGCCGAAAGUCCAGCUGAUACUAGUGCCGCUUCAACUACCACUACCGAACAAUUCAGUCGUGACUGUUUGUCACCCAGUAAUUCUAUCAAUGCUGUGGGUGUCAUCAGCAGUGCUAUGGCUUCUUUACGUACCGGCAAUGAAGAUAGAUUCAAUUCUGCCUCACAAUUGGGUUUGUUUCGUUUUGAAAAUGAAACAGUUUUGAGUCUUUAUCAAAUGGCCACUUACCGUCCAGCUUUAAAUCCUAAUGAAGUCAUAUCAAAAGAUGAAAAAACCAAAGCAUUCGAACAUAAAGACAUCAAAUCACCCAUGGAUUAUGUUAAGUUUUAUGAAACGGCCGAUGUGCAGGAAGAGUACUCUUUAAGACAAAUGGAAAUUAUGCAAAAUGAAUUUCCUAAAAUUAACUAUGAUCCCUGUUAUGUGGUGACCAAUAAAAAUGUCUAUUAUAUACAACUCAAAAAAGAACCCUUUGCCAUUUUCCUCGACUCAGCCUUGGCCGGAGAGUGGACACAAUGUCGGGAUUUUUGCAAUACCUUUGAUCUCACCUAUGAGGCUUGCAUUGAAUUUGCGGGUGAUUAUCUAUUGCGUCGUAAGAAGGUCACACAAGCUUUGCUCACUUAUAAUACGGCACGCAUUAAACCCAUACGUACGGCACUUAAAUUGGCCAUGUUUGGUCAGACCACAGCUUUAAUGCAUCUUUGUGCCAUGGCUUUAAAACUUAGUCAUGUUCUUAAUUCGAAAUAUUUUUGUCAUCCCAUCAUAAAGACACUCUUGCCCGACAUCACCUAUAGGCAUUCGGAAGAUGUUCGCUUAAUAUUACCGCCUACACCAGCAGAAUAUGCUCCCGAGGGUAAGGGUCUUACUGUCAACGAAGGUUUGCCCUGUGGCGAUUACACCUAUGGAGUAGAUCAGUCCUUAAGUCAAUUGCAAAUGUCACCCUCUUCACAAUUUCAUUUGGCAAAUUUACUGCUCAUAACUUUAGCGGAAAAAGCUGUCAAUGAUAAAAACUAUAUACCUCUUUGGAAUUUUCUGGUUACCAAUGGCAAAUAUCAUACCAACAUGACCAGCAUAGUUUUAUGUCAAAGUGGUUUGUUUUCAGCCGCUUUACUAUUGGCCAAGAUACGAGGUGUUUGUAUUGAUACCUUUUUGGCUUUAAAUAGUGUUGUAGGCCAGGAGUUUGGUUGGUAUACAGAGCUCAAUGUGUGUCUUUACAAUUUAAGCGAAUCUAUGUUUACGGAAACCAUAACAUAUUUGCCCAGCAUUGCUGUAGAUUAUUUUACUUUCAUACAGGAAAAAUUACCACAAAUAAGACCAAGUGUUUUAAAGCGUUUGGAACAACAAUUAAAUCCCUUUUCGGCCACCUUAAGACCUAUUGUCUCUCAUACUUCAUCCUCAUCGCAAUCGAAUGACAAUAAUACCUAUUUAUUGGAAUUUUGUAAAAAUCUCAUUGAAACCUAUUUGGCUGUACUCAUACACUUGGAAUCUCAGCGCUCAAAAUGUGAUCGGGUAUUAAAUGCCCUCAAUACGUUUCGUUUAACUUAUGAAGACAAUCAAUUUGCCAUCGAAACCUCGCGUUUUAAACCAAUAUCGGCCGGCUGUGCCCACUGCGCCUGUGUAGUGGAUGGUGUAGCCUACUUUUGGGGCUCAAAUGGUGUGCCUUGCAAUUAUAGUGUUAACAAAUCUUCGGAUACUCCGGAACCACCUUAUGCUGUAAAAAGUUUAGAUUUAUUGUCCCAACUAAAUUUAGAGGUGCAUGCCGUUAAAUGUGGCCGCCAGCAUACCUUAGUGCUUACAAAUAAUGGCCUUUAUACUUUGGGCAACAAUAAUUUAUGCCAAUUGGGUAUAGGCAAGCAAAUGCAAAUGACUCUGCAACCCAUGCUGGUUAAACAGUUUGAUGGUAAAAAUAUAACUAUACUAGAGGCUGGACAAUAUCAUAAUGCAGUGGUAGCAGAUGGUUUACUUUAUACUUGGGGUUGGGGUGUAUAUGGACAAUUAGGUCAUGGCAAUACAGAAAAUGUGUCCGAACCUAAACUGGUUUCUUUUCUGAAAUAUAAGAAAAUUCUGCAAGUUUCUUUGGGUCAUGCUCAUAGUUUGGUUUUGUGUGAAGGGCCUUUACCAAAUACUUCCGAAUUGUAUGUAUUUGGUUCGAAUCACUUUGGACAACUUGGAUUAGGUUCAUCUAAAACAGAGGCAACUUUAGAUAGCAGUAGUAGCAGUAGCAGCAAUAGCAAUAAUAGUAAUAGACCACCAGACGAUGAAGUAAAUAAUGCGAGUCAAGUAAAAUACCUAUUACCUCAAAGACUCGAAAUUGGCACAGCGAGAAUAAGACUGAUUCAUACAAAAUUCUUUACAAAUAUAGUAGUAGAUGAAAAUGAACGUAUGUACACUUGGGGCUCAUCACCCCAAGCUUUACGUUUGGCCAAUCAAAUCAAGAGAAGAGCAAAUGCCAAACAGAAAAUCGAAGAACAUCAGCGACGUGAAAUAAGUCGUCGUUUUGAGGCUACCAUUACUACUGCAUCUGUCACCACAGCUAGCACUACCGAAGGUGAAUCAAUCGAUUUGCCUGCGAGUUCAAAAGAUAUUGUGCCCACAGUAACCAUAACCUCACCAGGUUUGGAUGUAAUAAAAGCUGAUGAAGAGGAUAAUAUAACAAGUAUGGCUAAAGACGAAAUUGUUUCGGGUGUAGCAGCAAUAGUUCCAGACAUUGAUACUUUACCUUUAGAUGAUAAUAUAAUUGCCACCGAAGAUGCUACCGCAAAUAUCAAUAUACAAAUUUUAGAUGAAGUAGUAGACGAUGUGCCCGUAUUGAAAACAAAUAAUAAUGCCGCAGCAGAACAAGAUAAAAUAGAGGAGAAUAAAGCUGCAGCAACAGCUAACACAAAUGUACCUGCCGCUCCAGCACCGUCUGUGCAGCAGCCACCUGCAGCCGAUGUAGAUCCUUGUGAGCAUAUGUCACCACAUUUAGUGGAUACCUCCGAAGUGGCAGGACAAAUAUUACAGGUUUCUAGUGGCCUAUUCCACUUUGCUUUGAUCUCUUCUUCCUGCACUCUGUAUACAUGGGGCAAAAACUUGGAACAUCAAUUAGGUACCGAAGAUAAAGAGCGUAGAGCAGUUAGUAAACCUUCACCAUUGGAUAAUAUCGAUCGUCCCAUGUAUGUAGAUUGUGGUGCAGAUUUUACUCUAGUCAUGACAACCGAUUAUGUUGUUAAAGCCUUUGGUGGCAAUUCUAAUGGACAGUGCGGCCGAGAUUUGGGAGCAUGUAUAGAUAAAAUGAAACAACGUGUUGUUUGUCUACCCACCACUAAACGUUUAAUGCGUUUUGAAAGCCAAUGCAUCGAAAUACCAGUAGAAAUUAAUUUGCCCAGGCCACGCAUACGUUUGGAUACCGAGCCCAUACGUUAUCUUAAGACAAUACCACGUUAUAAAUAUUACUUUCUACAAGAGGCUGAUAUCGAUUUCGAACAAUUUGGUGAAUUAAACGAUAGACCUUCACCGCAUGAGUAUAAAUCAACCACACAGGCAGAUAGUUCGGCGAAUAUAGUAACGGGACAAGAAUCAGAUGAUAUGAUUUCCUCUCUAGAAAAUCUCAGUCAAAAUGAUGCCUCCUCUUUGCAAUUGUCGCUAAAUACACCACUGCUGGCAGACAAUAUGUUGGAUCUUAAUCAGCAGCAGACUACCAACAGUUCGUAUGAGUGUACGCCUGAUGAACAAAGUUAUGCCCGUUUGCCUAAUGUAGAUAUUGAUAAUGGCAGUUUAACCGAUGACAAUGUUCAUAAUAAUGGCACAGAAUUACUGCUACCAAAUGCAACAGCAACGGCAGCAGUUACCACCACAGCAGCAGAAGCUAAUGUUAAUAAUAAUGGCAAUAGAAAUAACGAUGAGGUAAUCACGGAGGACAGUGAGGAAUUACAAAAUCUCUGCAAUUACAUACACUAUUGUCUGUACAUAUUCCAUGGCCUCUAUAGUCCUGAUAAAGUGCGCGAAUUUUCCAAAAAUCGUUUAGAAUAUCGUAUACGUACAUUAAUGUUAAAUUUCAAAUAUGUUGAUGCCUUCACUUUAUGCCUGCAGAGCACCAAAAAUUCUCUAUGUGCUUUGAAAAUAUUUGAAUACUUUUCGAAAGAUACCGGCUAUGUGCCGCUAAGACGUGCCGAUUUAAGAUUUCUUAUUUAUUACUUGCUCAGUCAUUUCAUUAAUCAUCAAUACGAUUUAGCCGAAUGUGAACGUUUCUUUUUGGCCGAUUUAGAUUAUUAUCUUUUGGAGUUGGCUUAUGUUUUGUAUUUCAACAAUAACAAUACUGAUCUGGAGCAGAAUCUCAAUGAGAAAUUUAAGACUCUUAUAGCUAGAACAGAGGGCGAAACAAAUUCAAAUUUCUAUCAUCAUCAACAACAACAACAGCAGCAAUUUCAAGCCGAAGAGGAUCACCAGCAGCAACAUCAACAUCAUGCUACUCACAAAUUGGAGGAUACCGAUGUGAUAUUCGAAAUGUUGAGUGUUAAAUUUAAAACGAUUAUUUGUCAGCGUUUGCUUAAGUUUUGUAAUUCUUAAAUUUUAUUUGAAAAUUAAAUUGUAAAAGUUUUCUUUCUUUUCUUUUUCGCUUGUUGUAAAUUUGUUUUUUUUUUUUACUUUUAUAACUUUAGGAAUUUGAAAUUGUUUUAUUU